AUGUAUCGAAACCAGACUCUUCAAGCGUUUGCGCCAACGCCUCAUAGCUAUGUGCCACCGCAUAAUAAUGCUACAAUCAACCUUGAUGAGGAAGUGAAACUCACAGAGUCUAGAGCCGAGCGAGAUCUCCAGGAUUCUCUGGCAGAGGUUUUCAGUAUCCUUGUAACACUAGAUGAGAUUGAAAAAGCGUUUUUGAAAGAUGCCGUCGCAGUCAGUAGUUACACGGAAAUCUGCGAUCGAUUAUUAAAGCAGUAUAAAGCAAUUCUGAACGAUGAAGCCGUGUCUCGAGAAUUUGUCGAUCUAGAGACUUUUAAGAAUACGUGGGAGAUCGAAGUUCCAAGAGCUACAGAGAGAGUCCGAAUUGGUCUACCAAGUACAGUUACUGCACCAUCCAUGAAUCCAACAUCAGCUAGGGGAAGUAAUAUAAACGGGGCUCUAAUCCUGGAAGCUACGCAGGACUUCAUAACCUUUCUGGAUGCGCUCAAGUUGGGCCUUUUAGCUAAGGAUCAACUGCAUCCACUGCUAUCCGACGUUAUUCAGAGUAUCAAUAAGGUUACGGAUCGGGACUUUGAGGGAAGAGGCAAAAUUGUGCAGUGGUUAAUUGCCUUGAAUCAAAUGAAAGCAACGGAUGAAGUGAGUGAAUCUCAGGCAAGAGAGCUGGAACUUGAUAUGAAUACAGCGUAUCAAGGGUUCAAGGCAACUUUGAGCUAG